AUGUCCGAGCUCUGUAUGUUUCUGCUGCUUAACUUCACCCCUCCUGAGUCGCACUUCGUGGUUCAGUUCCUCGUGCAGCUCAUCCCGCUGCUCCUCCAAAUCGCUCACCACCUCCUUCAACUCCUGGGUCAGUCCUGUGAGUCCGUGGCGGAGGCGUUCAAAGGAGUGCUGGAGGGUAUGGGCCGGUGGGGGGAGGAGGCGGAUAAAGCUUUGGCAGGCAGUGUAGAGGAGAUGAAGAGGUGGUGGGAUGGGGCGGAUGAGGCGCUCAAGGCAUGGGGUGAGGAUGUGGGUAAGGCUGUUAAGGCGUGGGGGGAGAGUUCUGGGCAUGUGGUACAGGAGCAUAUGGAAGGGAUGAGUAAGUGGGGUGAGAAGAAUGCAGAGGCGGUUAAAGGGAUGGGGGAAGAGAUGAAUCGAUGGGGGGGAGGUAAGGCGGAAGAGGUUAAAGCGGGUAUGGAAGGAGUAGGGGAGUGGGGAGGGAGAGUGACGGAGGGGAUGGGGAAAGGGAUUAAUAAAUUUGGGAAAGAUGCCAGUGAGGCGUUUGAAGGAGUGGAGAUUUGGGGAGGGAGAGUGGCCAAGGGGAUGGGAGAAGGUAUGGAUAGCCCCCUUCCCCAUAUCCAUCCCCCAUAUCUCCCAGCCCAGUCCCCUUCGGCAUAA